AUGAUCAAACUGUUUGUCAUACUUUCUUUCAGUGCUCUCUUGUUACUUGAAGCAUGUGGUUUCACCGAUGAAACUGAUAGACAAGCGUUGUUGGAGUUCAAGUCUCAAGUUUCUGAAGGCAAAAGAUUUGUCUUGUCCUCAUGGAAUCACUCUUUCCCUCUCUGCAACUGGAAAGGGGUUAGAUGUGGCCACAAACACGGGAGAGUUACUGGUCUGGACGUCGGAGGAUUGCAGUUAGGCGGAGUGAUAUCACCAUCUAUUGGUAAUCUUUCGUUUCUCGUAUCACUUAAUCUCUCUGAUAACUCUUUUGGUGGUACUAUCCCUUUAGAGGUGGGAAACUUGUUUAGACUUCGACACUUGUUUGUGAGGUCAAAUGCUCUUAGAGGAGAGAUUCCAACAAGUCUAUCUAACUGCUCUAGAUUGUUGGAGCUUUAUUUGGAUUUCAAUCAUCUUGAAGAAGGGGUUCCUUGGGAACUAGGAUCAUUGACAAAACUUGUAACUUUAAAUUUUGGUGGGAACAACAUAAAAGGAACUCUCCCUUCAUCUCUUGGAAACUUGACAUCUCUCAGAAAUCUUGUCUUUGGCGUUAAUAAUAUAGAAGGUGCUUUUCCUCCCGCUAUCUACAAUUUAUCCUCACUUGAAUUUUUAAACAUAUUUGAAAAUGGUUUCGCGGGUAGCCUAAAGCAUGAUUUUGGUACUUUGCUACCAAACCUUCAAGAGAUAUAUAUGGGCAAAAAUUAUAUCACGGGAAGCAUUCCAACCACACUUUCAAAUAUCUCGAAUCUUCGAGCGUUAAGGAUGGAGUAUAAUAGUUUGACAGGAAGUAUUCCUCCGAGCUUCGGAAAAGUACGAAAUUUACAACACCUAGGACUUGAUGUUAAUUAUUUCGGAAGUGGCUAUUUUGGAGAUCUUGAAUUUCUUGACGCUUUGAUUAAUUGCACCCAACUACAAGAGGUAGAUGUUGGUGACAAUAGGCUUGCUGGUGAGUUGCCUACUUCAAUUGUCAAUCUGUCCGCAAACGUCAUCUAUUUGAGCCUUCAAAAAAAUCUCAUAUCAGGAAGCAUUCCUCGUGACAUUGGGAAUCUCAUCAGACUCCAAACACUUUGGUUGGCACAAAAUUUAUUGACGGGACCGCUCCCAAACUCUCUUGGGAAGCUUUCAGAUUUGGGGGCGAUCGUUCUUUAUUCAAAUAGAAUGUCAGGAGAGAUACCACCUUCAAUAGGCAACCUCACUAUGUUAGAAAUACUAUAUUUGUAUAACAAUAGUUUUGAAGGAAUGGUUCCUUUCCGUCUAGGUAAUUGUAGGCACCUAUUAGAUUUACGGAUUGGGUAUAAUAAGUUGAAUGGGGCUAUACCUAAGGAAAUUAUGCAAAUCCCGACCCUCGUUCGCCUAAGCAUGGGAGGACAACUCCCACAAACCUUGGGAAAAUGUCUCUCGAUGGAAGCUAUUUAUCUACAAGGAAAUUCUUUUAAUGGAGCCAUUCCAGAUGUAAGUGGUUUGAUGGGUGUUCAGAGAGUUGAUUUGUCAAAUAAUAAUCUCUCUGGAAGUAUACCUAGAUACUUUGCAAACUUCUCACUGUUGGAGUAUCUCAAUCUAUCCAUUAACAAUUUCGAAGGACGAGUGCCAUCAGAAGGAAACUUUUUGAAUGCUACUAAAGUUUCAAUAUCUGGGAACAAAAAUCUCUGUGGAGGCAUCAGAGAAUUUCAACUAAAGCCAUGCCUUGUCCAAGCACCACCACUGGACAUAAAGCAUUCCUCUCAUGUAAAGAAAGUUGCAAUUGGAGUAAGCCUAGGCAUAGCUUUGCUUUUAUUGUUGUCCGUAUCUUUAUUUUCUUUGUGUUGGUUCAAUAAAAGAAAGAAGAACCAGCAGACCAAUAAUACAACUCCUUCCACAUUGGAUAUUUUCCAUGAGACGAUAAGUUAUGGAGAUCUUCGAAAUGCAACAAAUGGCUUUGCUUCAAGCAAUAUGGUCGGAUCAGGUAGUUUUGGUACUGUGUUUAAGGCAUUGCUUCCUGCUGAGAACAAAGUUGUUGCAGUGAAAGUUCUAAACUUAAAGAGACAUGGAGCAAUGAGGAGCUUUAUGGCAGAAUGUAAAUCCUUGAAGGACAUAAAGCAUCGUAAUCUUGUGAAACUUUUGACAGCUUGCUCGAGUAUUGACUUCCAAGGAAACGAAUUCAGAGCUCUCAUAUAUGAAUUCAUGCCGAAUGGAAGCUUGGAUAUGUGGCUGCAUCCAGAGGAAAUGGAAGAGAUUCGUAGGCCCUCAAGAACCUUGACACUUAUUGAAAGGCUCAACAUUGCUGUAGACGUGGCUUCUGUUUUGGACUAUCUUCAUGUUCAUUGUCAUGAGCCUAUAGCACAUUGUGAUGUUAAGCCAAGCAACAUCCUUCUAGAUGAUGAUCUAACUGCCCAUGUUAGUGACUUUGGUCUGGCUCGUCUUCUCCUCAAAUUCGACCAAGAGUCCUUCUUCAACCAACUAAGCUCAGCUGGCGUUAGAGGAACCAUUGGCUAUGCCGCACCAGAAUAUGGAAUGGGAGGGCAGCCGUCAAUACAUGGUGAUGUUUACAGCUUUGGGGUUCUCCUUUUGGAAAUGUUCACUGGAAAACGACCAACCAAUGAGUUAUUUGGGGGAAACUUUACCCUAAACAACUACACCAAGUUGGCGCUGCCAGAAAAAGUAUUGGACAUUGUAGACAAAUCGAUUCUUCACAGUGGUCUGAGAGUCGGUUUCCUUGUUGCUGAGUGCUUGACAUUGAUUUUCGAAGUGGGACUAAGGUGUUGUGAGGAAUCUCCAGUGAACCGAUUGGCAGCGAGUGAGGCAGCAAAGGAGUUAAUCUCAAUUAGAGAGAGGUUCUUUAAAACCAACAGACGUUGA